UUGUAUUUCAGGUUUGACCGCAAUUAUGAAACCAACCCAAACCAUUUCUACUUCACAGAUUUUGAGCGCCACAACGCUGAAAUUGCAGGUUUUCAUCUGGACAGGGUACUUGGAUUUCAUCGCGCCAUCCCCACCGCUGGAAGGAAAGUAAACAUUUCCAGCGAACUGGAAGCACAUGCUCAGGCGAAAAACCGGUGCUUCGUUGGUCAGUGCGAAUACUACUGCGAUACGACGCAUGCGAUCUGCGGGGAGCCAGACAUGAAGGAACUGUCUGUUCAAGCGCUAUUACCCGACAUCGAAUACGCUCCACGUAAGAGGUCUCGGUCUCCAUACCGCAGAACAUAUAACAAAAGAAGGCAGUUGGCUCUCUGGCAGCUGAAUUCAAGCUUCUGUGAUCUCAAAGUCAAAACUGCCUUCCCAUACAACGCAGGCCGAGCGCUCCUCGAUCUUGUCGAUUUGUACAUAUUCGACUUCUUUAUGGGAAAUCAGGAUCGUCACCAUUAUGAAUACUUCUCCAUUUUUCCCGGCAAGAAGCAAGCAAGUUUCCUUCUGCAUUUGGACAACGGUAGAGGAUUUGGUAAUUCAAAGACAGAUGACAUGGACAUCCUUGCGCCACUCACGCAGUGCUGCCUAAUCCGACCUACGACACUAAGGACGCUUCUGGAUUACUACACUGGUCCCCUGACUUUGUCUGAUGCACUGCGACAGUCAUUAUCAAAAGAUGGCUUGUCGCCAAUCUUAGCCGAGAAACAUUAUAUGGCGCUGGAAAGGAGGCUAAAUAUUGUGCUGAAGGAGGUUUUGAAAUGCUUAAAGAAAGCCGAAUGGCAUUACGAAAAAGUAAUCAUGCCGUUCUUUUUCAAUCCGACUAAUCUCAGUUCGUCUGAACACGAAGAAGACAGUGAAAAGAGUCUCCAGCAGCAAUCGCUAAAAUGA